CGCAUGCGCCGAAUGGCGAUUAAUCAGUGACUAUUUCUUUGAGUUUAAUAUUUUAUAAAUAAGAAAUUUUAUCGUUAAUUGUUCCGUGUUUGCAGUUAAACAAAAAUGAUUUUGAGGUAAAUUAUUUAUAGUGUAGUGAUCAUAGUGUUGAAAAAACAAAAAAAUAGCAAUAAUUAAAGUGACCAUUUGUGGUUUGGAGGAGUGUGUGUUUUGGCAUGGAGAGUGUUUGCCUCUGUGUGCCUUCUUUGGGGCUGUGGUGACAUGGGCUACAUCGCCGUAGCCCCUGCUGACGGUGAGCUCUGGGAGUGAACGAGAGUGUCGGGCUUAGUGCCUGCACGAAUCGUCUAAUAUUAUGAAUAAACGUGAGAGCACCAAGGAUAAAGAACGUCAGAGUGACGAUAAAAGAACUUCCACCGCUACCGGUGCGGUGGGUGGGCGCGGCGUUGGUGGCAGCAGCGCGAUGCACACAUCACGGCACUCUGUCACCUCGUCUUCGGGCGUCCUUAUGGUUGGCCCCAACUUCCGCGUCGGCAAGAAGAUCGGUUGUGGGAACUUUGGUGAACUUAGGCUGGGAAAAAAUCUCUACAAUAACGAACAUGUAGCGAUUAAAAUGGAGCCUAUGAAAUCGAAGGCUCCUCAGUUGCAUCUAGAAUAUCGAUUUUACAAGUUACUAGGCACUCACGCACCGUCGUCAGCGGAGGGCAUUCCAGAGGUGUAUUACUUCGGGCCGUGCGGUAAAUACAAUGCAUUGGUGAUGGAACUGCUGGGGCCAUCGCUGGAAGAUCUGUUCGAUCUGUGCGGCCGUCGAUUCUCUCUAAAGACUGUCUUAAUGAUCGCUAUGCAGUUGUUACAUCGCAUCGAGUAUGUCCACACGAGACAUCUAAUAUACCGGGAUGUUAAACCGGAGAAUUUUUUAAUAGGUAGAACAGCAACUAAAAGGGAAAAGAUCAUUCACAUCAUUGAUUUUGGGUUAGCCAAAGAAUACAUAGAUUUAGAAACGAACAAACAUAUUCCAUAUCGGGAGCAUAAAUCACUAACUGGAACCGCAAGAUAUAUGUCAAUAAAUACACAUUUAGGGAAAGAACAAUCUAGACGCGAUGACCUAGAAGCUCUCGGGCAUAUGUUUAUGUAUUUUUUACGUGGUUCCUUACCCUGGCAGGGUUUAAAAGCUGAUACUCUCAAAGAAAGAUACCAAAAAAUUGGUGACACCAAGCGAGCGACACCAAUUGAGGUGUUGUGCGAGGGUCACCCUGAGGAACUAGCGACGUACCUUCGUUACGUGCGUCGGCUGGACUUCUUCGAAACGCCAGACUACGACCAGCUACGGCGAAUGUUCAGAGAGCUCUUUGAGCGGCGAGGGUACGUCGAUGAUGGCGAGUUCGACUGGACCGGCAAGACUAUGUCUACGCCAGUGGGUUCUAUUCAGACUGGUCACGAGAUCGUCGUGUCUCCAAAUCGUGACAGACAUCAGCCAUUUCACAAGGGGGCUGUGAAGGAUUCUGGCACUGGUGGGACCGCUAACACAGGCGGCAAUUGGCCCCAUAGCGGCAAAGCAACUCCACUCACUACCGGCCAUCUCACUCCAGCGGAUAGACAUGGAUCUGUGCAGCUGUUGAAGAAUAAACAUUUUCGGUAUGUGAAAUUUCCCGGAUCAUUAACAACGGUGGUGAGUUCGACCAACGGAGAGUUGGGGGCCGAUGACCCCACAGCUGGCCAGAGCAACACGCCCAUCACCCAGCAGCAACACGAGGUCGAUGUGAUCGACGACACCAAGUCAGUGUUCCAACUGCAAUCUGUCUACUCCAGGUGCUGUUGCUUCUUCAAACGCAAAAAGAAGAAGUGCGCCGCGCGCGCGGGCAAGUGACGCGAGCGCACGUGACCCGCCCCCGCCCCCGCCCCCGCCCCCACACCACACACCGCCACCGCAUACAUACCGGAGUGCCUGAAAAGCGGCAUAAUCAGAUCAUAUGCAAUCCUAUAUGACUGUUCGACCGCUUUGAUUUAACAUGGGGCCGAUUCACAGCGAUGAAAUCUGACAAAUACUAGAUGGCCAAUCGUUCACUCUUAAACACCUACGGUCUUAAGAUAAAGCAUAAGUGAUUUUAUGAAGUUAACCUAAUUGUGUUAAGAGUUUAAGACCGCGUAAGUACUUGUAGACUUUCGCUGAUCAUGCUGUUGAUUUUUAUGAUGCAAUAAGAAAUGUAGUUGUUGUUUAAAAAUAUUAAUUGUAACUCGUAUCAGUUCUAAAUAAUUAUAUUGUUAAUUUUGCAUU